AUAUCCGAUUCGGUCCGAUCCAUUUGGAGCCCUGCCCAACCCCCUAGAUUCGGGGUCUGGUGCAUGGUUUCCGGCGGAAAUAGACCGGCCGGUGGGUGGCGAUAAUACCGGGAAGUCCAUUGAACAAAUUAGAUUUUUGUCAUUUUGUGGGCAUCACGCUAAAAAUCGUCGAUGAAAAGUUGAAAACCAUAACAUAUUAACAUCAGUUCCGGUUAGACAAAAUAUUUCUUAAUUUAAUAAGAAAUUAAAAACUCCGGAUCUCUCUCUCUCUCUCUUCCUGCGUCCUUCCUAUGUACCGCGCCUCAUUUUCGUCGCUCAUUUAGGUUCUCUCAAUCUCAAUCUCAUUCCACGCAGCCACAGGCUACUGCUUAUUUACCAAAUGGAGUCAUCCUCCUCCUCCCUCGUCUCCAAAGCUAAAACGGCCUUCCAUUCUGCGGCAGCAAAAGCGGAGAAAGUACUGACUGACAUCAAAGCGGAUAUAAAGAACGAUCGAGAAGAAGCCGAAGGACAAUUCCAGAAGACUUCAAAGAAACUCCCUGAACACAACCCAGUAUCUGGAAAAAGCGAAGGAGAGAAGCACAAUGGAUUCAAGCAUUCAAAAUGGAAGCCUGCACCUCAAAGGAAAAAGCAAGAAUGGCAUGAUUGGCAAGAGCGGUUGAAGAAAAUAAGAAAAGGAAAAACAGGAGAAGGAGAUGAGCAGAAAUUUGAAACCUUGAGUUUGGCCUUUCCUGCCGUUGAUGAAUAUUUGGAUCAGAUGGGCGCCAAAGAUGUUUCUGAAUUAAAGGUUUUAGAAGGUAGUGGCAUUGUGGAGGAAAAUUCAAAUGCUUCUGGCAGACCUAACAUUCCUCCAUCAUCUAUCCUCAAGCAAUUGGCAACAGUUGUUGAGGUUGGGAAAAACUAUAAGUCAAUGAAAGAUCUUCUCGUAUCAUCCAGAGAUUCUUCACCUGUAAGAGAGAGGACAGGCUUAAGUUUCUCUGCAGUGAAGUCAUUAGUGCUUCGUGAAAAGGAGGAGAAAUCAAACUCUGAAUUUGGAAAGGAUGAUGAUAUCCCCUCGUUAGUCCAUUCAUUAUUUGAUGCAGAUAUUCGCAGAGGAACAUUCCCACAGAAGGAAGAAUGCAGCUCUGGUUCAGCAACAUUUACAAUGGCAUCUUUGCCAAGAGAUGUUCAUGCUGCUCCUCCUGAAAGUUUUGUUGUUAGGCUUUCUGAAGUCAUGGGGAGCUUCAAGACCCUGCGGAAGAUGGCAUUUUUUUGGUGCAAGGUGGUGGAUGAACUGAGAAGACGGUGGCCUGAAGGACAGCCUGUACCUGGUGUGCCACUUGAUGAAAGUCCAGACCUGAAUUCAUGUCUUCUGCAUCAGCAAUUGCAAGUUAUUAAUUGUUGUAUAUCCAGGAAGGAACGCCGUAUUAUUGCCACUGAGUCACUGGAUUGUGUUACAAGAAUGGCCAAACCAAAUUCUGAAGAAUCAGAUGUUUCUUGUGACGUGGUUUCUUCAAGUCCUAUUCUGUAUGCUAGGAUUAGCACUGGUGAACCUGUUCUCCGAUUAGGAGCGGAUCAUCCAUCUGAAAAGAAUUUAACCAUGCUAGAAACAGGAGAACCUGUAUACUCUCCUGUUACUCAGGAGGGUCCUGUUCUAACUGAAGAACUUAUUAGAGAAACAGAGGAGUUUGUGCUGCGAACUGGGAGUGUUGGUCCUGGGUGUUCUCAACUCCUCUCUGACAUGCAAUCCUUCAAGGCUGCAAAUCCUGGAUGCAUAUUAGAAGACUUUGUAAGGUGGCAUUCUCCUCCAGAUUGGAUGGAAACUGAACCAUGUAAUGAAACUAAAGACUCCUCUAGUGGUGGAGAUGCAUCAUCUAGGAGAGGUCAAUUGAGUAGUCGAAUGCAAAAAGAAGGUAAUUUAUGGCGCGAACUGUGGGAGAAUGCUAAACCAUUACCUGCUGCAAAACAAGCACCACUCUUUGAUGAGGAUUUGGCAGUGGAAGGCAUAUUGCAAGCUUUAGAGGAUAUCCAGCCUUCUGAGCUUCUUAAACAGCUCUUUAUUUCAUUGCUGGUUUCAGGAUUUGUUAUUUCUGAAGCUACACUUUCUACAAACAAUCAUUUUUCCAAGCUGUUCUACGAGUGCAAGGACUACAUGGUUGCCAUGUGCCAGGGUGAAAUUUGGAGUGAAAAUCUUGAUGAUUUAUGCCAGGUGUAUGAAACAGUGGAGACGAUCUUAAUUCAUCCUGAGGAUAGCCUAAUAAUCAUGAACCAGUCUGAAGAAACCACAGGUGAGCCAAAAAGUCGGUUCAUGAAACUCAGCCUCAACUUUGGUGGUAGGGAUAGGAGAAAACCUGUCUCAAAAGACCAGAAAAACAUGGAUGACACUUCCACACGUCAGGUAUUCUCUAAUCUGUUCGAUGGGAAGCCAUCUCUAUUUUCAAAGAAGCCUCCCAAACCCAGCACAUCUCAAGCUGAUGCAUCCCCUUGUGUAGAUGAAAAUGAUUGGACUGUUGUUUAAGUAUACUUUGUUGAGUGAUUUUAUUGCCGAUUGAAGAGCAUGUAAAUAACUUUUUGGUGAAGUGCCACACAUGUAUCUAAAUUGUUUUUACAAUGUUUUGAAAUUAUGAUUGUAAAGUUUUUGACUUUAUACCAUACGUAUUUGAAAGGGUGUAACUAAAGAAUCUAUGUAUAA